AAAUACACAAUGCGUUCAUCUUUAUCAACAUAUAUUAGCUAUACAUAUCGAAUGACAGUAAAGCGUGGCAGUUUCACGGGAAGCUAACUCGGCCCACUCAAAAAGAUGAAUCGUCUUCGUACAUCUUCAUUUUGCUGAAACUAAAUCGGAUCGCACUACAUAGCUGCAUCUGCAUGAACAGUGUUCUAUAUUUAGCGAGAUGCAGCUUAGUAACAGGCCGGUAAACCCGGUAUGUGCUCAUGUAUGCAUGUAGCUCAGCUCGGUUGGCCGAAAUAAUGUGGCAUUGGGUAGAAGGUCGAUGCAGAAACUUUGGCAAGACACGCCAACCGCGGCCCCGCGCGUUUGCCUCGGUUGCUAACACUUAGGGCUGCCUCUUUGCUAGUUCUUCCUAGCUAAGUAUUCUGACUUGCGGCAUCAAAAAUAACAUGUCUGAGAAUCCUUUAAAAUUAUGAGCUUCCGAGCAAUCAAAAUACCCGAGAUUUACCUAGGUUUUAAUAAGUUAAUAAGUCAUUUUAUAAUGAUGUCACUAUAGGAGAGCUGUAUUACCAAGAAACAAUAGACACAAUAUAUUUUCAUAUACAUAAGUCGAAGCCGCGGUUCUCGUAGUGUAGCUACAUUAGCUACUAAGUACCGGCGAUGCAGGAGGGCCGCGCGUCCACAAGGCCACGGCCUACAACUGCUUCCGUCUCCGCUACAUCACCGCUCGAUUUUACUCAUCAAAUUCCAACGGUUUUAAUCAUAAAACUAAUGUAACAACCGUUAUAUUUUUAAUUACACGUCCUCGGUCUUUAUUACGUAAGUACACACUUAUUUAUAAUGGUAUUAUUAUUGUUACAGAUCAACAGUGUAGUUUUUGUGUGCACCUGGCGAGGAUGCACUUACCACACGAAUACCUGUUCAGCGAUUGAGGCACACAUCAGGAAUACACAUUUGGGGCCAAAGAAAGAGGGUGACAGUGACCAUGAGGAGGAGUUCUACUACACGGAGCGGGAGGUGGCGGCCCGGCGCCGCCGCCCACGCUCUCCCACCGCGACAUGUGCCGCCCGCCGCACGAGGACCCCGAGUACCAGCGACAGCUCGUCGGCUCAUUCAGGCAAGGACUGCUCUCUACUAUGCAGAAUGGGUCCGCCCGGCCUAUCAGCAUUCCCGUAACACAUCACUGGUCCACCUCGCAUUCACC